AUGGACCUUCCAAAGUAUGAAAAUUUUGCUGAAGGAUCACGACAGGGUAUCCGAAUUCAUGGCUGGACGAUUUCAACUACUAAACUUCCAAUUUUUAACUCACAAGAAAUUGAUCGCUUACAAAAACAAAUUUCGAUUCCACUUCCUGAAAUGUUUUUUGGCAAUAAUAAGUUACAAGUAACAAAUGAACAUGGUAUUAUUUUUGAAUUAUCACCAGUGGAUGCGCUAAAAUUUAUUGAUGCAACAAAAGAAGGUGGAGAUAGAGUGAAAGUUGCAUACUCUGAAGAAUGGAAGCAUAAAAAUGCCAAAAAUCAUGGACAUAUCAAAGAUGUAGUCAAACCGUAUGAUUGGACAUAUUCUACUUCGUAUUCUGGCACAUUAUUAUAUGGACAGGAUUUUGAAAAAACUAUUGAUAGAAUUGAUGUGGAAAAACUCAAAAUUCCUGAACCAAUUUUAUUUUACGAUGAAAUUAUUUUAUUUGAGGAUGAAUUAGCUGAUAAUGGAACUGCGUUACUUAAUGCUAAAGUGCGAGUUAUGCCAUCUGGAUUUUUUAUACUACAACGAUUCUUCCUACGCGUUGAUGAAGUACUAUUUCAGCUGAACGAGACAAGGAUAUAUCAUGAGUUCGGUACAGAGUAUAUAUUAAAAGAGUAUUCUUCAAGAGAGAUUCCUUAUAGUAAAGUUAAAGCGCAAAUACCAAAAAGUAAAGGCAACGAUAUAUCACAACUCACGGAUCCAGAUUGGGUAUCUUCUAAAUUACCAAAAUCGAAAGAACGUGAUUUGAUAUUGGAAAAAUUACGCGUUGUUCCCUUACUAUCGUGA